CUAAAGCCUGGCCGCUCCUGGGGACCUGGCCUCGGCCUGACCCGUUUUGAGGUCUGUGGGCCCUUGGACACUAGACACCAUGGAGAGCCACAUGUUCAGCGUUCAGCAGAUUCAACCCAACGUCAUUUCUGUCCGCCUCUUCAAGCGCAAAGUGGGGGGCCUGGGGUUCCUGGUGAAGGAGAGGGUGAGCAAGCCACCUGUGAUUGUCUCUGACCUGAUCCGAGGGGGCGCCGCGGAGCAGAGCGGCCUCAUCCAGGCCGGGGACAUCAUUCUCGCCGUCAACGGCCAGCCCUUGGUGGACCUGAGCUAUGACAGCGCCCUGGAGGUGCUCAGGGGGAUUGCCUCCGAGACCCACGUGGUUCUCAUCCUCAGGGGCCCCGAGGGCUUCACCACGCACCUGGAGACCACCUUCACCGGGGAUGGGACCCCCAAGACCAUCCGGGUGACCCGGCCCCUGGGUCCCCCCACGGCAGCCGUUGACCUGUCCCACCAAGCGUCAGCCGGGAGAGAGCAGACGCUGGCGGUGGACGGGGCCAUGGGUCCCGGCAAUGGGCCCCAGCAUGCGCCAGACCCAGGGCAGGAAGCCAGCUCGCUUGCCCAUGCCAACGGCCUGGCUGCCAAGCCCCCAGGCCAGGACCCUGCCAAGAAAAGUGCCGGGGUCACCCUCCAGGGCAGCGGGGAGAACAAUAAACUGCUCAAAGAGAUAGAGCCUGUCCUGAACCUUCUCACCAGUGGGGGCAGAGCGAUCAACGGAGGGGGACCUGCCAAGACAGAGACCAAGGAUGUGGAAAUCCAGGUGGACAGAGACCUGGACGGCAAAUCACAUAAACCUCUGCCCCUCGGCGUGGAGAACGACCGAGUCUUCAAUGAUCUGUGGGGGAAGGGCAACAUGCCCGUCGUCCUCAACAACCCGUACUCAGAGAAGGAGCAGCCCCCUGCCUCGGGAAAACAGUCUCCCACGAAGAAUGGCAGCCCCUCCAAGUGCCCUCGCUUCCUCAAAGUCAAGAACUGGGAGACCGACGUGGUUCUCUCUGACACCCUCCACCUCAAGAGCACGUUCGGCUCCAAAGCCCACAUGGAGAGGCUGGAAGAGGUGAACAAAGAGAUUGAAACCGCCAGCACCUACCAGCUCAAGGACACAGAGCUCAUCUACGGGGCCAAGCACGCCUGGCGGAACGCCUCCCGCUGCGUCGGCAGGAUCCAGUGGUCCAAGCUGCAGGUGUUUGAUGCCCGAGACUGUACCACUGCUCACGGGAUGUUCAACUACAUCUGUAACCACAUCAAGUAUGCCACCAACAAAGGGAACCUCAGAUCUGCGAUCACCAUAUUUCCCCAGAGGACCGACGGCAAGCACGAUUUCCGCGUUUGGAACUCUCAACUCAUUCGCUAUGCUGGCUACAAGCAACCUGACGGCUCCAUCCUGGGAGAUCCGGCCAAUGUGGAGCUCACAGAGAUCUGCAUACAGCAGGGCUGGAAACCCCCACGAAGCCGCUUUGAUGUCCUGCCGCUCCUGCUCCAGGCCAACGGCAACGACCCGGAGCUCUUCCAGAUCCCUCCAGAGUUGGUGCUGGAAGUCCCCAUCAGGCACCCCAAGCUCGAGUGGUUCAAGGACCUUGGACUGAAGUGGUACGGCCUCCCCGCUGUGUCCAACAUGCUCCUGGAGAUCGGCGGCCUGGAGUUCAGUGCCUGUCCCUUCAGCGGCUGGUACAUGGGCACAGAGAUUGGCGUCCGCGACUAUUGCGACAGCUCCCGAUACAACAUCCUGGAGGAUGUGGCCAAGAAGAUGAACUUGGACAUGAGGAAGACAUCCUCUCUGUGGAAGGACCAGGCCCUGGUGGAGAUCAAUAUUGCAGUUCUGUACAGCUUCCAGAGUGACAAGGUGACCAUCGUUGACCACCACUCCGCCACCGAGUCCUUCAUUAAGCACAUGGAAAACGAAUACCGCUGCCGGGGGGGCUGCCCCGCUGACUGGGUGUGGAUCGUGCCCCCCAUGUCGGGCAGCAUCACCCCCGUCUUCCACCAGGAGAUGCUCAACUACCGGCUCACACCCUCCUUCGAAUACCAGCCUGACCCUUGGAACACCCAUGUCUGGAAAGGUACCAAUGGAACCCCCACAAAGCGGCGAGCCAUCGGCUUCAAGAAGCUGGCAGAAGCCGUCAAGUUCUCAGCCAAACUGAUGGGGCAGGCUAUGGCCAAGAGGGUUAAGGCUACCAUCCUUUAUGCCACAGAGACGGGCAAGUCGCAGGCUUAUGCCAAAACCUUAUGUGAGAUCUUCAAACAUGCCUUUGAUGCCAAGGUGAUGUCCAUGGAAGAAUAUGACAUUGUCCACCUGGAACAUGAAACUCUGGUCCUGGUGGUUACCAGCACCUUCGGCAAUGGAGACCCCCCUGAGAAUGGGGAGAAAUUUGGCUGCGCUUUGAUGGAAAUGAGGAACCCUAACUCUGUGCACGAGGAAAGGAAGUACCCGGAACCCUUGCGUUUCUUUCCCCGUAAAGGGCCUCCUCCCCUCUCCCGUGGUGACAAAGAAGUCCACGGUCUGGCUGCAGUUCGUGACAGCCAGCGCAGGAGCUACAAAGUGCGUUUCAACAGCGUUUCCUCGUACUCUGACUCCCGCAAGUCAUCGGGUGAUGGGCCAGACCUCAGAGACAACUUUGAGAGCACUGGACCCCUGGCCAACGUGAGGUUCUCUGUGUUCGGCCUUGGCUCACGGGCAUACCCUCACUUCUGCGCCUUUGGACACGCCGUGGACACCCUCCUGGAAGAGCUUGGAGGAGAGAGGAUCCUGAAGAUGAGGGAGGGGGAUGAGCUCUGUGGGCAGGAAGAGGCUUUCAGGACCUGGGCUAAGAAGGUCUUCAAGGCAGCCUGUGAUGUGUUCUGCGUGGGUGAUGACGUCAACAUUGAGAAGGCGAACAACUCCCUCAUCAGCAAUGACCGCAGCUGGAAGAGGAACAAGUUCCGUCUCACCUACGUGGCGGAAGCUCCGGAACUCACACAAGGUCUAUCCAAUGUCCACAAAAAGCGGGUCUCAGCCGCUCGACUCCUCAGCCGCCAAAACCUUCAGAGUCCAAAAUCCAGUCGAUCGACCAUCUUCGUGCGUCUCCACACCAACGGGAAUCAGGAGCUGCAGUACCAGCCCGGGGACCACCUGGGCGUCUUCCCCGGCAACCACGAGGAUCUGGUGAAUGCUCUGAUCGAGCGACUGGAGGAUGCCCCCCCUGUCAACCAGCUGGUGAAGGUGGAGCUGCUGGAGGAGCGGAACACGGCUUUGGGGGUUAUCAGUAACUGGACCGAUGAGCAUCGCCUGCCGCCCUGCACCAUCUUCCAGGCCUUCAAGUACUACCUGGACAUCACCACGCCUCCGACGCCACUGCAGCUGCAGCAGUUUGCCUCCCUGGCCACCAGUGAGAAAGAGAAGCAGCGUCUGCUGGUCCUCAGCAAGGGUCUGCAGGAGUAUGAGGAGUGGAAAUGGGGCAAGAACCCCAACAUCGUGGAGGUGCUGGAGGAGUUCCCGUCCAUCCAGAUGCCCUCCACCCUGCUCCUGACCCAGCUGUCCCUGCUGCAGCCUCGCUACUAUUCCAUCAGCUCCUCCCCGGACAUGUACCCCGACGAGGUGCACCUCACCGUGGCCAUCGUCUCCUACCGCACCCGAGAUGGAGAAGGACCAAUUCACCACGGCGUGUGCUCCUCCUGGCUCAACCGGAUCCAGGCUGACGAAGUGGUGCCCUGUUUCGUGAGAGGAGCACCCAGCUUCCACCUGCCCCAAAAUCCCCAAGUGCCCUGUAUCCUGGUUGGCCCAGGCACUGGCAUCGCCCCCUUCCGGAGCUUCUGGCAGCAGCGGCAAUUUGAUAUCCAACACAAAGGAAUGAGCCCCUGCCCCAUGGUCCUGGUCUUCGGGUGCCGGCAGUCCAAGAUAGACCACAUCUACAGGGAGGAGACCCUGCAGGCCAAGAGCAAGGGGGUCUUCAGAGAACUGUACACGGCCUACUCCCGGGAGCCAGACAAACCAAAGAAGUACGUGCAAGACAUCCUACAAGAGCAGCUGGCGGAAACCGUGUACCGAGCCCUGAAGGAGCAAGGGGGCCACAUCUACGUGUGCGGGGAUGUCACCAUGGCGGCCGAUGUCCUCAAAGCCAUCCAGCGCAUCAUGAGCCAGAAGGGCAAGCUCUCGGUGGAGGAUGCUGGCGUGUUCAUCAGCAGACUGAGGGAUGACAACCGCUACCAUGAGGAUAUUUUCGGGGUCACCCUGCGCACAUAUGAAGUGACCAACCGCCUUAGAUCUGAAUCCAUUGCCUUCAUUGAGGAGAGCAAAAAAGACACCGAUGAGGUUUUCAGCUCCUAACUGGACCCUCUUGCCCAGACGGAUGGCAGGGUGGCCGCCCCAUUGCACUCGGCCAGGGUGGCUGCAGGUUUUGUAAGCACGGACACUGCUGAACCUUCCCCUUGGGCACCCCCACGUGGCCCCGCUCUGCCUCUCGUCCUGUCGCCGUGCCCUGGUCCUCCUCUCCUGGGUUCUCGCCUCUCAGUGGUUUCCCGGCCCCCUCGGGCUUUCCCCUUGAGUUUUCGUGCUGCAGUGCAAUGCCUUUAUAGUCCGCAGUGGCUCUUAAACAAAACCGUCUCCCUCUCUCUCUCUCUUUCCAACAAGGGCAAAUCACCAGUGCAUGAAACCACUGGAACAUGGCCAGGGCUCGGGUUAGGGCGUUUUCUGGGGUUUGCCCUGGAGAGGCUGCAGGGACCAGACAGAAGAGUUUUUUGACCUAGUCCUUCAGCCAUUUGAAUCCCACCCGAUCCUUUUUUAUGAUGACGUUCCGGUCGUGCGUGUGUGUGUGUGUGUGUGUGUGUGUGUGUGCGUGCGCGUGAUGGGCCUGGGUCUCCCUCUGUCCUCUUGCCUGUGCAAGCAUGUCGCCUCCAGACCCUUGGUGCCAAGAAAUAUGCCCUAACCCGUACUGGAGCCUCACACAUCCAUAAUUAAGGGUCUGUGCUAGCAUACCUGAAACACAUGGACGCAUCCUAAUUCUCCUGGCUAUAAAGGGUCAGAGCAUGGAGGUGGGAUUUGAUGACCAAGGGGGAAAUCUCUAGUGAAAGGGGACAUUAGAUGCAUUUAAGUAGUGGCACCAGUUAGCAGAGCUCUUACUGAGAGAUUAACCCAUCUGAUGGAUUGGGCAAACCCAUUUCCCAGCCCCACCCACCCCAGCUAGGAUCACCUAAUCGGCCCUCUCGGCACUCUCACCCAAGACCCUAAGCAACAUCGCAUCCAAGGGAAUGAGCUGGAAAUAAGGGUCUUCCUGUCUUUGCUGCUGGGUAACUUUGGAAACAUUACUUGUUGCUUAAUUUCCCCUAAUCAUAGUGUUAUGAAGCUAAAAAGUAUGAAUGGAUCAAACUUUAAAGUUGUGAAAACUGGAAACAAUAUCAAGGAAGAAUAGCACUGUUUUUUUUUUUUUAUUCUCCCACGUGGGGCUUGCUGUUUCACCCCUGGGGAUACAGUAAUGGAAGCCAGUGAAGGCAGAUCAGGCUGGAGAGGGAAUCUGUCAUGAGGCAUCUCACGGCUUCCUCUGCAGCCAGGGUGGGGAGACCUGCCCAUGCCUUCAUGCUUUUGGUCUUCUAAAAGAGAUUCCCCCCAGUUUUUAACCUGAUAAGAUCAUCUUAACAAAUGAUUCUCAACUCAGAUCAAAAAGCAGGCAGCAAAGUCAUUGGCAGGCAUCAGGGUGGGUACCAUUUCUCCCAGGCAGACAACCUGCUGAAUUCACCUUCUCCGAGGAAAUGGGAUGGAAAGGUCCCUUCCUACACUUACGUGCUAAAAGUCAGUGGUGAGCAGUGCCCAGAGACAGCUGCUGCGCCCAGGAACCCCUUCCCCAAGGUUGAAAGGCAAGCAGCCAGCCAGUUUGGAACUUCCAUCUUAUUUCAUUUUGCCUUGUCCUACAGAAAGCUAGCCCUUUUCUUUCUAUACAGCACAUGAGCAUUUCUUUCUUUCUUUCUCUGCCAAAGGGGGAGAGCCCUGGCCCUCUCUGGAAGGGCCUUAGAUCUGGGAUGCCAGAGGUGUCCCCAGGAGGUGCCCUUAAAGACAAAGAGCAAACUCUGUCUCCCUUUUUCCACCCUUCCCGCAGCCCCCGCUGGUGUCAUAUCCCUGGCGCUUUGAGUUCGACUUCAUGCCAGUUCUGAUUACCCUGCCUGCCUUUAAUCCUAUUUUCUCCCGCUCAGCCUUCCAUGGUACAGAGACCAAGUGCUCAGCAUGCUCGGCUGACCCUCUCUGACCUGGAGGGAAGCCCAUUCUAAACCCUUUCUUUCCUGCAAACACGAUCCUGGCUAGGAGCUCUCCUCCCAGCAGCUUUCUUUCCAGCCGUUUGAGCCCUUUGGAGAUAGCUCCUAAGAUGUCACUAGCUUCUGGGGGACUGAACUGCUGUGUCCGACCCCCAUCACAGAGAAAUGAACCAGUGCUCCCCUUUCCAAAUCAAGUUUUAUGCAUGAAUGCUUUUCCAUCGCCAGGUAAAUACUCAAGAGCACUUAUUCCAUGCCAGGCACCUUCCUCAUAUAGCCCUGCCCAUCUAGUAGCAGGCAGACCGAGGAAAAUAGUGUCUUGUUUUAUCAGGUAGUCUAAAGAAAUAAUCAUAUCACCAGGAUUCAUCUUUCUUCCCAAGAACGAUUGUUUGGUUUGGUUUUUAAGCAAGUACCUUUCAACCCUUAACACAAGCUGAUUCAUAACUGCUGGCUAGAGAACAGGAGAUUAGUCUGAUGCGUGUCUCUUAUUUGACAGAAUCUCUGAUACCCAAAGCCUCUCUGUAAUGAAUGAGCCAUCAAGAGGCAGGAGUGGAGCCCCGCUUUCAGGCUCAGCUCUGAUCCACAGUAGCUAAACACUGCCCUCUUGUGGUGCUGUGUAGUUCAGUCUCAGCAGCCUGCAAAUUUUGGUGUUCCCAAUUGGUGAGCAAAAAUGGGGUUGACUGGGCGUUUGAUUUGGCCGGGGGGAGCUUCACCCUAGUUGCAGGUCUCUUAUUUCCCUCUACCUCUCGAGCUGGCCAGCAAUAGCUCCAACUCCAUUUAACAAAAAGUGAAGUUUGGCCUGGAGGGACAUGAAAUCCCCUGCCACCGGGAAGUGGAACAGUCAUGCUCUCUGGUUGUCAUUGUGAAUCCUAUUCCUAUGGUCGUGCUGCAAAAGAAGCAGAAGUCUUUAACCUCCCAAAGAGGAUACAGGCUUCCCCUUGGCUUCUACAGAGUGAGACAGGCAGGUGUCUCUGCUUUGGGGGCAAUGCUUCAGACCCACCAAAGUGGAGUUUUAAAAGCAGUCCUGAGUCCAAACAGUAACUCUGCCACCAUUUCUGUGGACAGCCCUGACCUGGUGACCUAAUCCUUCUGAGUCUAUAUGUCUCCCUUUAUCAUAAAGUGGACUAGAUGAGAUAAUGUCCACAAAAUGCCCCAGUUACCAUACUUGGCCCAUGAUAAGUGAUCGAAUUUUGUUUCACUUAAUCUGUGUCGUCUUACCUCUCCGGUAUCUGGAAGGCACAGUUAAGUACACACAGCAAAACACAGUUCCUCUCUUACAGAAGGUUAGGAUCUGUGGUGCAGAGACGCAGGUCGUAGAAUCAAUGUGCAGGUCUGGGGUUUGAGCGAUCGCCAGGAUUCCCCUGGCAGGUUUGGGCAAACGAGAUUGCCAGGAUGUAGGAGUUCAGUGGAGGCAGGUGGGGGGUGGGUGAUACAUGGAUGGAGAGCAUGCAGAACGGAUCAGGUCUGGCUUCUGACACAGCCCAGCUUUGAGAGGCUGAGGAAGAUGGAGGUACGCAGCAGAGACAGGCAGGGAACAGAUGGAAUUUUGUCAAGGGAUUUUGACUUUAUUUGGUAGGCAACACGGAGUCCUUAGGAGUGUUUUUUUUUAAGGGGAAGAUGAGGUGAUGGGGGUUUUGCUUGGAAAAGAAUGUUCUGGCUACAGCAUAGAGCAUGGACUGCUGACCUGUUGAACUAUCGGCUAGUUAUUGCAGAAACCCAAGACUUGAAUGAGGGAAGGGGGCAGAUUAUGGUGAUAAAGACAUUCCAGGGGUUGAAUUACCAGGACCUGGACUCUGACCUGUUGUGGACAAGGAGAACAAAGGGAAAGUCAAGAGUCUGCCUCUAGGCUGAGAAGCAGGUCUCAGGAGGAAAAAACAGGCUCCAAGGAGAACCGAGUUUUCAGAGUGGACAGGAGUGCCAGGUUGCCCCCAAGUCAAAAGGGUGGAUCCUUCCAAGGUCCACGCCUAGAUGGGCAGAAAGAGGACUGACCCCAGGCCACCAGACAUCGGCCCAAGAACACAGGAAUUUCUUGCCAAACACACUCUUUGCAGCCACCUGCUUGGGGCUUCCAAAAGGAGGUCAGGUUUUGCCCUAAGUCAGGUUUGCCACAAGCAAGAUUCUCUGACCCAGAUCACGGUGCCAGAAUGAUUAUCGGCAAGCCAAUGUCUGGACCCCUGACCGCUAUGACCCUGGUCCCUUUUAAUUCAUGCCAUUUGGAAAAGCAAGGACUUCAGAUCUUAGGCUGGCCAUGUUUCCUUGUAUAUGUCCAUCGCCCCUGCUACCAAUAUCCAGCAUGGCACUGUGCCUGCCUUACCCUCGAAGCCUGCUGUCUGAAUAGGCACGUUAAUCUGAGACCACCUGCCAGAGACAAGGAAAAAGAAAUAUUAAUCUGGGCUUCCCUUGGGACCUGCCCACACUCCCUGUCUUCUCCCAGCCCUCUCCUGCCUCUGAGCGUGCCAUUCGACUCAAGAAUGAAAGGCCAAAAGCAGGGACGGAGGAUAAAGAAUCUGAGCGGCUGUGAAAGCAACCUUGCCCCCUCCCUAGGGACUCAACACAGAUGGUCCCCACAAACCUGAAGCCUUGGCGGACUAACAGCAGCCUGGCCUCUCCUCUUUCUCCCACACCCUCCUGGACCUUGGCCCACCUGCCAGUCUCUGCCUGGUGGCACAAACACGCUGAUGUGUCUCGGGUGCAAGUACUCGGGUAAACUCUCAUGCCAGGAAAGCAGGAACUGUUUGGGGGUCUGCUCUCUAUUAAUACUGUCUGAGCCGUGUGCACGAGAGGUGAUUGGGAGUAAACACACCUCGGCAUGUUUCUGAAUUCGCUAUUUCCUAGAAUAUCUGAGCAAGCAGGGCAUGCGUGUCUGGUCCCAAGCAGAGACCGUUCUUAAGCAGGUGGCCCUGGCAGACGGGAACAGAUCUGCCUGAAGAUACAGCUUUCCAAACUCUUCUAGAAAUUGGCUCCAGGACAUCUAAGUGCCCAGACUUGGCUCCUAGGAGAUGCUCAGAGGCUCUAGUCUGGAGUCCGUCAACCUCAGUACUGUUGGCAUUUGGGGCUGGAUAAUUCUUUGGGUGGGGGGCUGCCUAGGGCUUUGUAGGAUGUUGACCAGCAUCCCUGGCCUCCACCCACCCACCCACCUGACCCCCCCCCCCGAAAGUUGUGACAACCAACUGUGUCUUCAGACCUUGCCAGAUGAAGCCUGGGGACAACAGACUCUCUACCAGCUGCCCCAGGCCUUCUUACCAUCCACCUCCUGGAAUAAGCGAGGCAUUUCUCAGCCCACUGGUUUUCCUUCCAUUAUCUGCUGCCCCACGGAGACUCAAAGGAUUUCAAGAGGAAAUGGAAAGGUAUAGUUUCACCAACUCCCUCCCAGGACAGAAAGAUGGCCGCCCCGAUUCAGUAAGAUGCUGUGCCCUUGGCGUCCAGUUCGGAUGAAGACUCACGGAGGCCCAGUGCCCUCCUGUGCCCACCCCCGCCCCGCCUCCACCCUCCUGUCCUUGCUCUUAUGUUGUCGUUGUGAUUGUAAGGCCCCCUCCGGGCUCAGCAGUGUUUUUCCAGGCGGCGCCGGAUGGGUUUGUGGGUGGGGGUCGCCCUGUGUCGCUGGGCAGGUGGUGGGUUUCUGUUCCGGGUCUGGGGAGCCAGGGAGGUGGGCCGAGUGGGUGUCGUUGCCUCUCACCACACUGCACCGUCAGAAACUCGGACCUCCCCCUACCUCUGAGCUCUCGAUGCUGCUAACGCCGCCAAGUGUCCCGUGCGCUCCAGCACCUUCCCAGAACGCGCUCUGCAAGGUUGUCCAGGCUGUGCUCGCCGCAUGCUCUUCUGUAUCACUCUUCUAAUUUGAUGAAAUUCAACAAAAGUCUAUUUAUGCCUGUUUGCAUCAUGGUCAAAAUAUUAAAAAGUGGACUCAACUC